UUCAAUAGGACUCAGAGUGAUGAAGCCAAGACUCCCACACAGUACCCGGUGAGUCAAGCCAGCAAGACGGCUCCGAGGUCAAGCAGCGACAUGGCCAGGCUCUCCCACAACAUCUCAGCCAUCUUGGAGAACCUGCUGAAGAACUACAACAAUCAGGUGCGCCCCGGAUACCACGAAGGAAGGACAACACUAGUGAAGUUCAGUUUAUUGAUCCGGAGUAUGGGGCCGAUCUCCGAGAAGGACAUGAAGUACUCAAUGGAGUGUUACCUACGUCAGGAAUGGAGUGAUGACCGCUUGAGGUUUAACGGGCCCUUGAAGCAACUUACCCUCAACAUCAAGAUGCUGGAAGCUCUCUGGAAGCCCGACACAUACUUCCACAACGGCCUGGGCUCUUACGUUCACAUGACCACUCGACCCAACAAACUUAUUAGGAUCAACCAGAGCGGUGAUAUCCUCUACUCUAUGAGGCUGACUAUCAAGGCCAAGUGUCCCAUGGAGCUGAGGAACUUCCCCAUGGACAAGCAGUCGUGUCCCCUCGUCAUCAGCAGCUACGGGUACACGGAGAAGGACGUCAAGUUCGUGUGGGACAAGAAACUGGUGAGCUUCGUGCCUGGCUUGGCGUUGAGUCAGUUCGAGAUCCUCAAUACCAAGUGUAGCAACUACUCCGUGAGGUGGCGAGCCGGCCGGGGCAUGUACUCAGCGCUAAGGGUAAACUUCAACCUGUCGCGGAGUGCUGGGUAUUUUCUCAUCCAGGUUUACAUUCCCUGCAUCCUGAUCGUGGUGCUGAGUUGGGUCUCCUUCUGGAUUAACCGGGAAGCUACCAGCGACCGUGUGGGCCUAGGCAUCACCACCGUGCUGACACUCUCCACCAUUAGCCUGGACACCCGCACGGACCUUCCUAAAGUUCACUACGCCACGGCUCUCGACUGGUUUAUCCUCAUGAGUUUCGGCUACUGUAUCGCGACCCUUCUGCAGUUCGCCGGCGUCCAUUUCUUCACUAAGGUGGGUUCGGGGGAGAUCAUGGCUGAGGAGGACGAGUGGGAGGACGUGGAGAUCGUGAACGACUGCUGUGACCUCGGUGACCUCCAGGAACACGUACAGAGUCAAGACACCUCCUACGACACCUCCCUGGAGACCUCGCUAGAUGGACGGCGUGAGAUCGUCUUUCUCAACCUCAGUCAUAACAAGUGUCCCAGAGGCGCGGCCACACUUUACGCUACGCUCCACUCUGAUGCCGGCGUCAUGAACCACGCCGGGGACAGUCUCUCAGCCACCUUCAAGAGCACAGAGACGCAGACAGAGAAGAAAGAGCGGUGCUGGACCCAAUGUUACCACUGUGUACUUGGAGACGAGGAGUACCGCAGGGAUCGACAGAAGACAGCGGGCCUCCAGCGAACCAUGAACUCCGUCUCCGUCAUCGACACCGUCAGUAGAAUCAUGUUCCCCCUCUCCUACGGGCUCCUUAACCUCUGGUACUGGCUCUCUUACUACGACACAGAGCUGGUCUUUAACUGGACUGACCCGGGCUUUGAUGAUAUAGGGAUUGGUCUGCAGACAAAGAAUCCCAUAGGUGGUGUUGAGAGGAAACAAGGGUAGUGAGGAGGAGAAGGAGGAGGAGACAGAGAGAGAGAGAGAGCAGUGAAGAGAAAGAGAGAUAGGGAGAGGGAGGUAAAGAGAAGAGAUAUAGAGUUCAGUGAAGAGGAGAAGAGAGAAAUAGAAAAGAUAGAGAGAGAAUGGGAGAGUAAAGAGAAGACGAGAGACAAGAUAAAGAGAGAAAAAAGAAAGAUAGGUGAAAAUAUAUAGAUAAAACGAACAUAGUAGAUAACAACAGAGAGAAGAAAGAAACAGCAAAGAAGAGAAGAAAAAGUGGUGAAUAAGA